AGUAGUAUGCGGUGCUUGCCGUUGGUUUUACUGUGAACACAAAAAACUGCGAAAUCAAGGAGAAGGACAGCGCCCCGAAUAACUGUAAACCUCUGCAAACUGCGAGCGGCACCGUGCUGGAAAUGGGACCGGGGUCGUGUCCUCCGGGUGGUCGGACUUUAAAAGAGAGGACAUGUUCUUCAGUCUGUUAAAGCCACAGUGCUGCACACAACUCUCCAAGCAUGUUUCAGCACUGAUAAUAUCUCUUCAAUCAGCAGCACCGUUUGAUCCAAGAGAAGCGUGCCUUGUAAGGAAGCAGGAUGUUCACAGGCUCCACCAAACUGCCACCCACUAAAACCCCCCAGCCCGAGCGGCUGGAUGAAGUGUACGCUGCCUUACGCCGAGGCCUACAGUCGUACCUGCAGGUCCACCAGCUGGAGCUGGACAGCCUGGGUCAGCAGAUCAGAGAAAACAAGAGAAAUGGUCGCUUGGGGUCUUUGUAUGAGUUGGAUAAGCACGUGAAAGCCAUUGAGAGGUUCAUGCGUCGCUUGGAGUUCCACCUCAGCAAGGUUGAAGAACUGUACGAUGCUUAUUGUAUACAGCGGCGACUGCGUGAUGGAGCUAGCAAGAUGGUGGCAGCCUUUAACUCUGCCAGUGGCAGCAAGGAGGCCCGAGAGAGUCUGAGUGAAGCCAACAAGGGCUACAGGGAAUGUACAGAGCACAUGUGCUCACUUGAGAGCGAAUUAGAAAGUCAUAUGGGAGAAUUUCAUGUGAAGAUGAAGGGGCUGGCUGGAUUUGCACGUCUGUGCGCUGGUGACCAGUAUGAGGUGAUGAUGCGUUACGGUCGCCAGCGCUGGAGACUACGAGGCCGCGUAGAAGUCAGCAACAAGCAGAUGUGGGAUAGCGAAGAGUAUAUUUUCCUGCCUCUCAUCACAGAACUGCUGUCAAUCAAGGUGACGGAGCUGAAGAGCCUGGCCAAUCACGUGGUGGUGGGCAGCGUGUCCUGCGAAAUGCUCGAUCUGUUCUGCCCGCUGCCUCAAACACUCGCCGUGGAUAUCAAUGACCUCGGGACAGUAAAACUGAACUUGGAGGUCACCUGGAGUCCAUUUGAUAAGGAUGACCAGACAUCUUCCUCCAGCACAGUUUCUAAACGCCUGCUGUCCAAUCAGAGCCCUCCAGACACACCCUCUAUGCGAGAGCAGGUGUUUUAUAGCGUGGCUCGGUGUAGGCACUGGCAGAGCCGCUUGCUGGUCAAGGCCUUCCACGGGGUGGCGGCGGACAGGGCGGCGACCUUCCGUUGUGAAUUCAGCCAUGCAGCGCCUCAGUUCACCACAGCAGAGUCGUCUCUGCUGAAGCGUCAGGGGGAAAUGGAGAAUGGGACGGUCUGGUCCAACUCCUCUGAAUCCUCCGAUGACUCAUCCAGUCCAGCACUGGCUCAUCAUGCUCAGAGACUGACGGCGUCAAACUUGCUGCAAACCACUCUCACCACUCAGCUGUCAUUCACGCCACACAAGUCCAGUGCAUCAACGCCCUCGCUCUCAUCCAACCAAGAGGAGGAUGAGACCGAAACCGGGGAGGUUUUUCCUCAGACAAAUGGCCAUCUGCAGGCUUCCCUCUCCCACGGCUUCGCCGGUGAGAGUGGCCCGGAUUGUACCGCAACUGACAGGGUGUCUGUCCAAUCAGAGGAGCUCUCUGAAACCUCGGCAGACCUGAGCUGCUCCUGCCCCGACAUCUCUCUGGCUCCUGCGGCAUUUGUGGCUGCGGAGGUGAACGAUGACGCGUCCGUGGACUCGUUAGCCCGGGCUGAACAGACUGAAGCACAGACAGACACUGAAGCAGCAGCAGAGGAACACAAGGUAGACCAAAGUCAACCACAUCAGUCCGUCCAGGAGAUGAAACAUGGCGAGGACGCUCCAGCGCCUCCUUUCCCCACAUCUGCGAGUUUUAACCAGGAAGUCGAAACUGCCCUUGAAAGCUUCGACUUUCUCAACUGCUCUGAUCUCGAUGAAGAAGAGGAAGAAGAACAAGAAGACAGAGGAGAGAAAGAAGAGGAGAGAGGAGAGGAGGAAGAGCGGGAUAAUAAAUGUAAAGAGGACCAAAACAAAAAGGAAGAGGAGGAAAUAAAGGAGGAAGAAAAGAAUGCAGAGAACCUGUACUGUGGAGGAAGCAGUGACGAGGAAGAGGAGGCUGAUGGUCUUGAGAUCCUUAUGGAAGCUCCAGAAGGAUUUAGGAACUCUGAUGAAGAUCGUUUCUCUGAAUCACAGGAGUCGAGCGUGGGCGACGUGCAGGAUUUGGGUCAUAUAGAAAUUUCUGAGGGUAAGGAAGAGGAGCACAGCGAGGAGAAGGGAGGUGAGGAGCACGGAAAGGAUCAGGAAGAGGGUUGUUCCACUCCCAGCCAGGUGGACCUACCUGACUUCGAGUGAGACCACGGAUAUCCACACCUAAACCAUUUCUCCCACUCUGGUGCCAUCUGUGUCCCUCUUACACUGCAGGAUUGGAGGCCUUGAGGAUGUUCCACUUACUGCUCAGACAAACAGGCUCCUCCCAAUCACGGUGGAGUUUGUGCACAUAUUCGCCUUGUUCUCACCAGGAAUGAUAAACCUCGAGGUUUCUAUACCUCAGUCGUGACUGUAAACACAAACAUACACACACACUUCCUCCUCUUCGUCCUCUGACAGUAAUCAUACUUUGAACGCAGACUUCAUCAUGUGCUCUGGGUUAAAGUGGGACCCCACUUAAGUUUACACUUUCAUAAACUGCUCCUGUCAUGUGAAAAAAACA